AGUUUCAAUGUGUAAACACAGUGUUAUAUAAGUUAGAUUUGUCAGUUUCGUGUGAAGCGCUGUACAGGACUCCGUGGACGAUACGCUGAGGACAAUGAAGUUUUUAAUAUAUUUUUUCUUGUUGGCUACUUCUUUCGCUUUCUUUGCCAGUGGAAAGGAUGCACUAGAUUGGUGGCAAACUACAGUCCUCUACCAGGUGUAUCCGAGAUCUUUCAAGGACAGUGAUGGAAACGGAGUGGGUGAUCUUAAAGGUAUAACACAGAAACUGGAUCAUCUGAAAGACGCAGGAAUCGGUGCAUUGUGGUUGUCGCCUAUAUUUACUUCUCCAGGAGUUGACUUCGGUUACGAUAUAUCGAACUACACUCAGAUCGACCCGUUAUUCGGGACCAUCGAAGAUUUGAGAGAGCUUAAAUCUGCUGCCGAGAAACUUGGUUUGAAACUGUUGCUUGAUUUGGUACCGAACCAUGUGAGUAAUGAAAGCGAAUGGUUCAAAAAGUCAGUGCAAAAGAUCGACCCAUACACAGAUUACUUUGUUUGGGUGGAUCCAAAAAAAGAUGAGAAUGGCACCAGGCAGCCUCCAAACAACUGGCUGAGUGACUUCGGCGGGUCGGCCUGGGAGUGGCGCGAGGAGAGACAGCAGUACUACCUGCACCAGUUCGCCGUGCAGCAAGCAGACCUCAACUACCGCAACAAACACGUGGUGCAGGAGAUCAAGGACGUGAUGCGCUACUGGCUGGACCAAGGCAUGGAUGGCUUUCGGGUGGACGCGGUGACCUUCCUGUUCGAGGACGAGCAGUUGCGGGACGAGCCUCUGUCCGGGGACCCGGGGGCCGAGCCGACGGACCAGAGCUACCUCAAGCACGUGUACACGCAGAACCAGCCGGCCACCUUCGACAUGGUGCAGCAGUGGCGGGCGCUCCUCGACGAGUACUCGAGCAAGGACCACUCCACCAGGGUCAUGUUCACGGAGGCGUACGCGGACCUCGACAACACGUUCAAGUACUACGGCACGAAGGAGCGGCCGGGAGCACACUUCACGUUCAACUUCUUCGUCAUCGAGUACAUCAAGAACACGUCGACCGCCGACGACUACGAGAACAUAACGAGCUUGUGGCUUAAGAACAUACCAGCCGGUGAUUGGCCCAACUGGGUGGUGGGGAACCACGACCAGCACCGGGUGGCCAGCCGUGUGGGACCGGGCCUGGUGGACGCCAUGAAUGCUCUGGCGCUGCUGAUGCCGGGCACCGCCGUCACCUACAACGGCGAGGAGAUCGGCAUGGAGGACACCUUCAUCAGCUGGAACCAGACCGUGGACCCGCAGGGGCUUAACGCCGGCCCUCAGCGCUACCAACUGUUCAGCCGCGACCCGGAGCGCACCCCCUUCCAGUGGGACAACACCACCAGCGCAGGUUUCUCGACCAGUAAUACCACAUGGCUGCCAGUAAACUCUAACUACAAAUGGCUGAAUCUCCAGAAACAACAAGAGGAUGAAGACAGUCACUACAAGGUGUACAAGCAGCUGGUGCAGUUAAGGAAGACCAAGACGAUACAGCGAGGGACAACUCACACUGCCGCCGUGACACAACAAGUGUUCGCAUUCGUCAGGGCUCUGGACGGCGAGGUCACCUACAUCGUCGCCAUGAACGUGGGCAACUCCUCCGCCACGGUGGACCUCACCAGGUCCUUCUCGGGGCUGCCGGCCACCGCGACCGUCGUGGUGGCUAGCGUUGGGUCCACGUUGGUCAGAGGGACGAACCAAACCACUUCAGCCCUCACGCUCGCUGCGAAGGGUUUUGUGGCGCUCGAAGGAAGAACAUGAGCUGAGAAGCUGCAGCACGUACGAAGCUUGGUGCACUUGUAAUAGACAUCAUGAAUUAAUAAAGAGUAUUAAUGCAAAUAUAUUUACUAAAAAAAA